AUGUUGUUGAAUAUGCCACACCUCUCCCCCAUUUCCUCAAAAGCCAUCCUUAGAUCUGUCUCUCAGCAGGGCCCGAAAGUCGCGGGUUCGACGGGACCUUGCAGGUAUCUAUCUACGACAGCACCCGCACAGAAGAAUGUAACGCUACUCCAGGAUAAGAAGAACGGAUUCGGAUUCGCACGGUCCAACCCUAGACCGCCGAAGCCGAGGAGCAAGGGUGUCACUGAGAUCAGAGGGCCGUACUACACGGUGAUGGGAAAGAGAUACCUAGCUGAUGUGCUUGAAACAAUGGGGACUCAUGUGGAUGGCCUCAAAUUUGCCGGAGGCUCUUUUUCACUAUUUCAGGAGAAGCCCUUGAGGGAACUAAUUGACCUGGCUCACGAGCAUGGCGUUUAUGUUUCGACGGGUGGAUGGGCCGAGCAUCUCCUCACUCACCCUGACACAAAUGCUGUCUUUGACAAAUAUCUCCAGAAGUGCAAGGACUUAGGCUUUGACGUAAUUGAGCUUUCAUCCGGGUUCUUAUCAUUUCCUGAGGAUGAUUGGUUGCGCCUCGUCGACAAGGUCCACUCAUACAAGUUAAAAGCGAAGCCCGAGUUGGGUAUCCAGUUUGGCGCGGGUGGUGACACUCCAGCCUCCGGACUGGAGGCAAUUGGCACCUCGGACCCGGGGAAGCUGGUCAACUUAGGCCAUAAGUUCCUCAACGCUGGCGUUGAGCGCCUGAUGAUCGAGUCCGAGGGCAUCACGGAGAAUGUGGAGUCAUGGCGCACCGACGUGGUGUCUAAGAUCAUGAAGGAACUACCACCAGAGCGCGUCAUGUUUGAGGCUGCAGAUCCGAAGGUCUACAAUUGGUAUAUCCGGGAGUUUGGUAUUGAUGUCAACCUUUUCGUCGACCAUAGUCAGAUUGUGCAGCUGUCGUGCUUGCGACACGAUUGCCUGUUUUUGGGGUCCCAGUUUGAAUGGAUAUAUGCAAUGGUUGUAGUGAUUGAUGACGAUUCAAUAGAUAAAUGUCCCCAGGCGAUAACCACCGGACCCCGCGACUUGGCACUUCGGCGUUACUUUAUCCAGAGUCCAUACUCAUCCGUUGCCCCCAUUGUCAUGCCGAAAGUCACCGCGGCUCCGGGUGGCCGGCUACGAUGCCGACGAGCGUGCGAUAGCUGUAAGCGGAGGAAGCAGAAAUGCAACGGAGAGCAACCAUGCACAAUCUGUGUUCAACGUCACAAGGAAUCAGAGUGCCAUUUCUCGGACAAACCGGCCCGCUUGCUGAAGCCCUCCGAGAGCUCGAAAGACACGAUGUUGCUCAGCGAACGCCUUGUGCCUACCCCGCAAAGGCAAACCGCCAUGGACCGACUGCUUAACUCCCUCGAAGAUCGUAGCGCAAAUCUUGAACAACAGGUGGUGGAUGAUAAAGAUGGGACGGCUCCGGUACCGAAGGUGGCCAGGCUUCUGCGCGAUGGACAAGGCAAAUUUAUGUAUAUUGGCGACUCUGCGAGUUUGUCCUUUCUCCAGAGUGUCCGUCGCAUAGUAUCCUCCUCAAUUGGCCGUUGCGAAUUCACGGAAGAUAAUUCACGCCAUUCGAUGCUUGAGGCUUUCCAAAGUAGCUCCACUACACAGACAGGACCACUGAUACCGCCCCCAGGUAAUGAAGAAGCUCAACGACUGGCUCGCCAAUAUGUUCUUGCCACUAGCCCCCUAUUGGAUCUGUUCGACCUCGAGGAGUUCCAUCCACGACUGGCUAAUUGGAUCGAGAACCCAACUGGUGACGAAGAUACUGUGAGCUCAAUAUUUUACCUGGUGCUUGCUAUCGGGGCUCAAGUAUCAGAUACCAAUCACACUCUGGCGGAGAAGUACUUCAUCAGUGGGCGUCAGCUGGCGUUCUCGGCUUUUACGGAGACCCCCAGUAUCUCCACUAUCCAGUCAUAUGUCCUGAUUUCGAUGUAUAUGUUGGGUGCUUGCCGACGCAACGGCGCUUUCAUGAACCUUGGAAUUGCUCUUCGUGCGGCGUAUGCGGUCGGCAUCCACAGAAAAGAUGCGAACACGCUCUUCUGCACGCGCGAGCGACGUGCUCGAGAACGUGUGUGGAAAAGCCUACGCAUGAUGGAUCUCUUCCUCAGCGCCUCUCUGGGUCGUCCUCCGGCCACGACGGACUUUGACUACGAACCACACGAUGGCAACACCACAUCGGGGACACAGCAGCGCCUCCAGCCCGAAGAGCAACUAUCCCUAACGGUUGUUUCACUAUGUCGUAUAUUCGAGCGGAUUCUCACGGAAGUUUACAUGAGACAGGUUGUGUCAAUCAGUGUCGCGGAUAGCAUCUCGAAUCAACAUCGCGCCUGGGUCCGGAACCUGCCAACCUUCCUACGGAUGCAAACAGAGCGACUUGAUGCUGCCAAAACUCUCGAGGAUACCUUGGCUGCAGCUCACAUAUUCGGCUCUUAUUAUUGGUCGAUCAUCCUGUUGACUCGGCCCUUCCUAGUCUUCCGAGUCUCUCAGUAUGUGAAAAAUAAGAGCGAGUCGGCAGCGUUUUCCGAGAGCAAACCCAGCAACUCGAAAAUCUCGCUUUUUGCUGAUGCGUGCGUUUAUUCGGCAUUGCGCAGUCUCAACGUCGUUGAUGACCUCUCUCAAUACUCGUCCCUACCUCGGAGGCUCCCAUUCUUAAUCAACUCCGUUUUUAACUCAGCCGUUGUCUUAGGGGCCGCAUUUUUUGCCGACUAUGACAAUCUGCUCCCACUGGAGGAGGGCUUGAACAAGGCCGAGAAGUUCCUUGGGCUGUUCGUCCCGCAUGAUCCUCAUGCCUGCCGCUUUUUCCAAAUCAUCAAAUACCUCCGAGGCGCAGUUGGUGAAUAUGUCCACCGCCGGAACCGUCAAUGGAUGGAACGUCGGAGCAAACAAGUCGACCAGCUUUUCGGCGAAGUAGGCCCAUCCAACGAAACCUCAACUCCUAGUAAUAACCACCAUGGCAUCUCAAUGAACCGCGGGGAUCAUCCAACAGUCCCGUCUCCUCUAUCCCCAGAUAAAUUUGCCGGUGGCCCCUUUUCCUCCCAAUCGUUAGGACAGACCACUGCUACAGCCCAGCCCGAUGACGGCAUCUGGGAUGCCUUAUGUGCCACUGAAGGACCCUCUCCUUUCCCAUACGACACAGCCAUUUCCACUUUAACGACAACCGGCAUUCCAAUCGGUUGCUCACCAGGCGGUACAAUCCCUACUGGCCCACCCGGAAUGCCGGACAACGGAGGCCAAACGCCUCUCUCGGACAUGAUCCUUUCAGAUAAUGGACUCCUAUAUAUGGCGGAGGAUCUUCCUGUGUUUGGACUCUGGGGAGAUACUUGA